AUGAAAUACCAUUUACAAAGAUGGACCCGACGGAUCCGCCGAGGUCUCUCUAAACGAUAUGAUCUUGAACACCUCAAGAAAAUCGCCUUUGCCAUAGCCUUGGCCACCUGUCUCCUGCUGGGGCUGAUUAUGCUUUUUUCGCUUUAUGCCCUGUCGCUUCACAAUACCGUGGGGUUGAGUUACACCGAGAUCAAUGUGAUAGUCCUGCUUUCUGCUGUGGGUAUGUACCUCUGCUUACCGGUAUUGGGCUAUUUGGCUGACUGCUACGGUCCAGCAUUGCUACUGCUUAUUUCGAUUUGGGCGUUUUGUCCAGCGUACUUUGUGAAUGCGUUGUUGGUGAACCAGGUCAGACUGAGUCACUUGGAGGAGCCUUUUGCGGAAUUGAACAAGAUGGGUGUGCUCGUGAUGGCGUUCAGUUUCUGCUUUAUAGGCUUGGCCACGUCGUCGUUGUACUUUUCCAGUUUGCUUACGUGUGCUAAGAUCUACCCGGACCACAAGGCGUUGGCGAUUUCGUUGCCUGUUUCGUGUUAUGGUGUGUCCUCGCUUAUUGGCGCCCAGCUAAUGAAGGUGCCCUAUUUUCAUGUAAAAGACGGACGGGAGCUUGACCUCGAGAAGGUGUUUAUGUUUUUCGCCGUUUUGUACUUGUUCAUGGGCGCCUUGAACUUCGUUUCCAACUCCAUCGUGAGCAUCGAGACAGAUAUCGUUUUUGGCAAUGAGGAGCCACAGAUUCCAGACUCGGAAACAGGCACUCCCGCAGACAGCAUCAUGGAAAACGGCGACGAAGAAACGGCGCUUCUUCCGCAAAGAUCACACAUUGAACCUGUGGACCACAAGGCCCGUUAUAUUCGCUUUCUCAAGGACAAGUCGGCCUGGGCGUUGCUCAUUUCGCUUUUGCUCAACAUAGGACCCAUGGAGAGUUUCCAGAAUAAUUUGGGCCUGAUUAUCGAGUCCACCACUGGCGGAGAAGGUGUAUUGGCAGACCAGGUAUCAGUGAUUGCGCUUCUGUCCACCACUGUAAGGCUUGUGGUGGGAGUGGUUGCAGACUAUAUUCUGAGCUCCAAGCGCCGCUACCCAGUCUGCAAAGUCUGGCUCAUGGUGGGCUUUAUUGUGGUGGGCAUCAUAGCUCAGAUUGCGGUAAUUUACGGCUUCAGCUUUACGACAAUUUCCGUACUCAGCGGUAUUUGCUACGGCGGCCUAUUCACAAUUUACCCGACCGUGAUUGCUUCCGUGUGGGGCGUUGAUCUCAUGGGUUCGACGUGGGGUCUGUUCAUGGUGGCUCCAGCUAUCGGAAGCAUUCUGUACUCGCUUUUGCACGGUGAGGAAAUGGACAGUUGCAAAAACAGAGGCAACUACGACCACGGCACGGACGGCUGUUUGGUGCAUUACUUCAUCACCACCGGCGUGAGUUUGUUUUUGAGCUUGGUGUUUGUGGUUGUAGCGUGGAGGGUCUUCUGGUACCGUCGUUGA